ACCAGUCCACUGUUCACAAUUCGCGCAAUGUCAAAGGUUCCGGCCGUUAUCUUACUCGCAGUCGCCGGCGUCAGCGUCACGCUACACUCGCCGGAGGCCAGAGUGACGGAAGCCCAAUGCAAGCAGAUGCCGACUAAAAACAAACACUGCCAUUUGGAAUACGGGACUUGGCAGCGAGAAUCCGACCACGUCAUUAGAUACAUCUUCGACUGGGGUGUGCAGCGCUGCGUGGCGUGGCACUGGUGGACGGACCCGUCUCGAUGUUCUCUACCGGUCGAUGAAAACAACUUCGCCAGCGAGCGCGAGUGCCUCGCCGCCUGCACCGGCUGGGCGUAGCCUAAUUGAGCGUUAUUUAGUUAAAAUAAAAAUUAUUGAGAAUAUAUAAUUAUGUUUGGUUACGCCGUCUCAAUACUUAAUCGCUGAAAACACCCACUUAAA